ACAAGAGUUCCAAAGUGAAGCAGCUCAACUGCGCCAUGCAUGCAAACAAGACUUCUCCAGCGAAUGAGAAGGAGGGACGUGACAUCUCGGUGGACAUGUACCCCUUCAUACGCAAGUACAAGGACGGCAGCAUCGAGCGUUUCCUGCGCAGCCCAUUCGUGCUGGCGUCGUCGGAUCAGGGCGGCAACCGCGGGGUGGCGACGAGGGACGUCGUUGUCGACAAGGCCACCGGCGUGUCUGUGCGCCUAUUCCUCCCGUCCCGUGCCGCCGAGACCGCUGGCAGGAAUGGGCUACCUGUCGUCCUCUACGUCCAUGGUGGCUCGUUCUGCACGGAGAGCGCUUUCGGCCGGACGUACCACCGGUACACGACCUCCCUCGCCGCCAGCGCCGGAGUCCUCGUCGUGUCAGUGGAGUACCGUCUAGCUCCGGAGUUCCCCAUACCCACGGCCUACGACGACGCGUGGGCCGCGCUCCAGUGGGCGUCGUCCCUGUCCGACCCGUGGCUGGCCAGCUAUGCCGACCCUGCGCGCACGUUCCUGGCCGGCGACAGCGCCGGCGGCAACAUCGUUUACCACACAGCAGUCCGCGCCAGCCACGAAGUCAACGACGAGAUGAUGGACAUUGCGGGGCUGAUCAUGGUACACCCUUACUUCUGGGGAGCCAAGCGGCUGCCCUCGGAGCUCGCGUGGGCGGACGACAGCGAGGGCGCAGCGGCGGUGUUCCCGCCGUACGGGGUGGACCGGCUGUGGCCGUUCGUCACGGCCGGCCUGGCCGGCAACGACGACCACCGGAUCGACCCUCCAGUCUCAGAGAUCAAAUCGCUGGCCUGCCGCCGCGUGCUCAUGGCCGUAGCCGGGAAGGACACUCUGCGGGAGCGCGGCCUCGACCCGGCGGCCCGUAUGCGUGAUCACGACGCGCCAUGGCCUUGGAUGAUGCAGCGGCACCGCGAGGUGACGGUAGUGGAGUCGGAGGGCGAGGACCACGGCUUCCACCUCUACAGUCCUCUGAGAGCCACAAGCAAGAGGCUCAUGGGGAGCAUCGUGGAGUUCAUAAACCAGCGGCCCAACUCGUCGCUUGCUAAUCGUAUGGUGCUUGGCGUGCCCACGACGCCGUUCAAGGACGUGUUUGCGUAUGGCAUGGCCAUGAAGUCCUGGGGCACACGGUCCAGUAUGCCACGUAACGGUGCUGCGGUUCCGUGGACUCGUGUGAUCAACAUUUUUUUCUAGAUGACGGCCGGCCUGAUAGCGCACACAUAAAUUAAUGUCUCAUUCAGACUCUCUUCAGAAGGUCUGUGCCAAGGGUAUGCCCUUCUCCUACAGUCCUACGUAUACUACACUAAAUAAAACAGAAAGAGUCUCCUAUUAAUUAUAACUUAUAAGUCAUGUGUAAUGUAUGCCCAUUAAUUACCGAACAUGGAAUUAUACAUAAGUUGUGUGGUUUAUCUUAUUAUAUUAUUCAUAAACAGGUGUCAUGCAAAUAAAUGUAUAUCGCAUGCCUUCCCUUAAAAAAGUAUUGUAUACCUUAUCAUGUCGAACCUUAUUUUGUAUUGAAUGUUAUUGUACAUGUAAUAUUGGAUUCUCAA